GGGUCGCGGCCGCCCCGGCUCCAAGAUGGCGCAGGCGAUCUUCGAGGCGCUGGAAGGCAUGGAUAAUCAGACGGUGCUGGCUGUGCAGUCCUUACUGGACGGUCAAGGAGGGGUAACUGAUCCAUCCGCUCAAAAUGUCACCUCAUCCGCCACCAUCCAGUCAAUGGAUGAUGAAGAUGUGUUCCUGUGUGGGAAGUGUAAGAAGCAGUUCAACUCACUGCCUGCCUUCAUGACCCACAAGAGAGAGCAGUGCCAGGGAAACACCCCUUCCCUCUCCACCGUCUCCCUGGCCACCAACAGCGUGUACACCCCAUCCAUCACAUCAGUGCAGCAAGCUCCAAGCGCCAGCCGGCAGCAAAUAUCUACAUACAUCACAGUUCCCCCGUCUCCUUUGAUUCAGACCCUUGUGCAGGGGAACAUCUUAGUUAGUGAUGAGGUGCUGAUGUCGGCCAUGUCUGCUUUUACAUCCUUGGACCAGCCGAUGCCGGCGGUGCAGCCCCCGGUGCAGAGCAGCUUGAGUAUGCACGCUGGAGCUGGCUAUCUCUCCCAGCCACCUCCACCUCCGCCGCCCCCGCCGCCACCCCCUCCUCAGCCACCGCCGCCUCCCCCACCCAGCCUGGGGCCUCCGGGGCAGUCCAGCACCGGCAGCGGUGGUGUGGUCGAAGUGUACAGCGCAUCUGCUCCGAUGGCAGCAAACAGCACGGUGGAGAUUCAGACGCUGGGGAUGCAGCCCUAUCCGCCCAUAGAGGUACCGAGCCAGUGUGUGGAAAGUCCUGUUUAUCCCUCUCCUCCUGUGUACAGCCCUGGGAAGCAGGGAUUCAAAUCUAAGAGCACCAGCACUCCUGCACCCUUGACCGGUGCAGGAGGAAGCAAUAUGGUUGGCUUUGAUUCUGCCUCUGCUGCGAAAAGCAGGCGUUCCAAAACAGAGAGCAGUCUGCAUGAAGGGAAACCCAAGUCUCCCAAGCUGAAAUGCACUUACUGCGACAAGGCCUUUACCAAGAACUUCGACCUGCAGCAGCACAUCAGAAGUCACACAGGUGAGAAGCCGUUCCAGUGCAUUGUGUGCGGCCGAGCCUUUGCCCAGAAGUCCAAUGUGAAGAAGCAUAUGCAGACCCAUAAAGUGUGGCCUCCAGGGCUGGGGUGCACCAUCUCCCGCAACUCCAUCACGGUGCAGGUCAUGGCCUUGAACCCAAACCAACCGGAGGAUGAGGAGAAUGCAGGUUUGACUCAGCCCUCAAGGAACCCUGUGCAACCGCCCCAAGACAUAGCCCCCAUGGAGGAGAGUGAGGCGGGCAAACCAGAAGCCAAGCAGGUUGUCUUGAUCGAUAGCUCUUACCAGUGCCAGUUCUGCCCCAACAAAUUCAACACCUACUUCCAGCUCAAAUCACACAUGACACAGCACAAGAACGAGCAGGUGUACAAGUGUGUGGUGAAAAGCUGCGCUCAGACCUUCCAGAAGCUGGAGUCCUUCCUUGAGCACAUCAAGAGCCACCAGGAGGAGCUGAGUUAUCGUUGCCACCUCUGCAGCAAGGACUUCCCCUCCCUGUACGAUCUGGGUGUCCACCAGUACUCCCACAGCCUGCUGCCCCAGCACAGCCCCAAGAAGGAUGUGGCCGUGUACAAAUGUGUGAAGUGUGUAAAUAAGUACUCCACCCCGGAAGCCCUGGAGCACCAUCUGCAGACAGCAACGCACAACUUUCCCUGCCCUCAUUGCCAGAAGGUGUUCCCCUGUGAGAGGUAUCUGCGCCGACACAUCCCCACGCACGGCGGGGGCAGCAAAUUCAAGUGCCAGAUCUGCAAGAAGUUCUUUCGCCGGGAGCACUACCUCAAGCUGCACGCCCACAUCCACUCUGGAGAGAAGCCUUUUAAGUGCUCAGUGUGUGAUGCAGCCUUCAAUCGGAAAGAUAAACUCAAGCGGCAUAUGCUGAUUCAUGAGCCUUUCAAGAAGUAUAAAUGUCCCUUCUCAAGCCACACAGGCUGCAAUAAAGAGUUUAACAGGCCUGACAAGCUGAAGGCUCACAUAUUAUCCCAUUCAGGGAUGAAGAUCCACAAGUGCCAGUACUGUAACAAGUCCUUCAGCCGACGAGCACACAUGAUGGAACAUCAGCGCUCGCACACCGGCAACUACAAAUACCGCUGCCCCACCUGCAGCAAAGGCUUCACGCGCCAUAAGUAUAUGAAGGACCACAAGUGCCGGCUGGGCUCACCCAAGGACAAAGACCUGCAGCUCAGGAAGCCCCAGAAGAAACGGGUGGCGCGGGGGCGCAAGGCGGGCUUUUCCCUCCCCAGUCAGCUGGCCCUGGCAGAGCUGAAAGACAGUGCCACUGGGGAAAACUCCCGAGAGGGUGGCCUGAGCAAAGAACAGUUCCAGGAGUCUGAUGCCGUCCUGUCCAUCGUGGUGGGGGGAUCAGGAGCUGCUGAAUCGGACCUUGUUCCCGGGCAGCCCAGCAGCAUCGCAUCCAAUUUGGCCCUGGCAGAGUUGCAGACUGCCUCGGAUGGCCCCUGCACCAUGCUGGCUGUCCCUGUUUACAUCCAAACAACUGAGUGAUGAUGCGCAGGGCCACUGUGUGGCUGGGGCCUGCGGCUGCUGGGGUGUCAGACUCUGUGCUGGAAAUUGUCACAGUGAAAAAGACCAAAGCUCUUGUGGGAAGGUAGAUGGAUAUGAGAGAGAGUGGCUUUCGUUUCCACUUGUCUUCCCUUCCUAGGGCAAAGGACUACUUGUAAGGCACUGAUGGCUAGAAGUCGCUGAAGGGAAUAGCUGCGUAUUAUCUUGUCCUUUUACGUCACUGGUCAGCCUAGGGCAAGAAGGACUAAGAUCCCUGAAUCAGGGUGAGAAGAAGGAGUGUACAGCCUCACAGCAGACAGAGCUGCUGAAACCAGAUGGCUUUGCAAAUCACAGCCUGUCCCAUCUGUGGUUUUUCUGGCUUAAAAUCUGUAUUGCCCAGUAUUUGGGUGGCCUUUCCGAGAGCAAACAAAUGAUCCUUCCUAGUGGAAGCAAGUUCAUCCUGAGAUCCUUUGGGAACACUGUUCAGAAAUACCCUGAAUGACAUGUCUGGUAUCUUUCUCUUCUCUGUCUCUAUCAGUAGAAAGAUUGCCUUGUCUGUACUACCUGUGUUAUAAACACCGUGGACCUGAAGUGCUGUGUGGUGUCGGUGGGUGGGAGCAGCUAUGUGUUGUGGUGGUGGUGCCAGGUCUGAGUGCACGUCUGUGUUGGCUCUUCUGUCUGCUUGAUGUUCUCACCAUAGUGUUUGCUCUUUUCAUGGUUUUUCUUCAUAUUCAAGGAUCUCGAAGUGCCUUAACCAAGGAGUUAAUUCUCAUAAGCGGUAAAUGUGACAACUUUCUUGACACCUCCUCUGUACAGCAGCAAAACUAAGGUGUGGAGGUGAUCUUUCCUGGGUCACACAGGAGACUUGGGAUAUACCCAGGAAGCAUUUUUCUAACAUUAGUGCUGCAGGGUAUUUCUGUACAUGUUCUCUUCUCUGUUAGCUGCUUCCCAGCCUGCAGAUUUCCUGAGCUCAGUUUUAUGGGCCAGUUAUUAGGGUUUCAGUGGACCACUGGCAAGUGGGCAGUCAGUGUAGUCAGGAAGCAGGAAAGCCCUGUGUCGUGGGGACAGUUUCUAUUGUCCACUCAGCUUCUGAUCCGUGAUUUCCUAAGCAGGAGUCUGUCCCUGUUCCUUUUCUCUGGGCUCCAAGUAGUGUCUUGUUUUGGCAACUUAUUUUCCCUCUGAUGUUUUUCCAGAAUGAGAAGAGGUGAAGAAGCAGUGCCAGCAAUCUUGCCCGUACGGUGAGGACUGUGCAAGGGAAAGGCACAGGACAGCUCUCCUCCCUGCUUACAUCCAGUUCAAGCUCAGUCGUUGACACUUGAUCAGUGGGGGUGCUGAUGGUCUAUCACCCCAAGAGACCACAGGAGAAGUCAUCUGCUCCAUCUCCUUGUGCCAAAGAUGCCUAUUCCCCCAUGCUUUAAGGGAGCUUUUCCUAACUCUUUGCAGUCCUUUCUCACUGAAGCUUUCUGUGAUCCCUCCCUGGCUCGGGAGGUCUCGGCACACGGGUAUGUUGAACCCGGGCACCUACAGGAGAGAACUGAAAAAUACCAUUGUGUAAUGCUGGUAAAGGAGCUACUCUGGCAGGUCUGGGGCCCAAGGUGGUAGGAUAGCUGUCGAGUGUGCUGCUCCCUUCUGUGCUGGCCUCCUGGGCUCCUUCUUCCUUCCUGCUCUGCUCUCAGCCUCCGGGUUUAUUUUGCCAGGAGAGGGUCUCAGUUGCUGGGAAAGGGGAUUCGGCCAGGCUGGAGAACACUGCUGCUGCCUCCAGCUCCAGCCAAGACACAGUUUCCUUGGGCUUUGCUUUCCACUGCUUUCUUCCCACUUCACAUAUGGAUCAGCUGAGCUUACCUUUCCUGGGAGCUUUUGUGUGAUAAUCUACUGAGUUGCCUGGAGAUUCAAUAAGCCUCAUUGCAGUCAUUUUCUUCUGUGGCAGCGUGAGGCAAGAGUUUGGGCUGGUCAGUUCUGAGUACUGAAGCCUGGGCCAUGGAUUCCCAUCUUGCUGUCACACUUGGGGAGCUGUGUGUGUGUGUCUGGCAGCUGGAGCAGUCAGCACAGCACUGCUGCAGUGACUAGUCUCACCCUGAUGCCUGUCCACAAGCUCCAGCCCAUCCCUUAUCCUCAAAGCGCUCUUCCUGCAUCUUUGCAGUGCGUUUUGCUCAAAUCUAGUAGUAGCAGUUUGCAGGGACACAGGAUGCUGGUGUCUUGUGCAUCAUGGACAUAUGCCUCCUGAUGGUAUGUUCUUCUAGACUCCAUCCAGCCUAAUGAUAAGUUAUGGUCCUAAGACCACUGUCACCCCCAGAAGGUGAUCACACAAUCCUUGUCAGGAUGGUUCCUGUCACCAAAUUUCUGUGCUCAGUUCCAUCCUCUUAACCUCUCCUAACUCACUUUUUCUUUGUUUCACUGUUUUGCGAUGUUUCUGUACUUAAAGGGAUUGGUAUUUAUUAGGAAAUGGAGCACAGGACUUGGCGGGGAGGAAAGGCUGAGAGAGCUGAGUUUGUUCAGUCUUCAGAAGUAAAGAGGAGGCCUUAUUGUCUAACCAGCAAUGGGAGACUGCAGAGAAGAUAGAGCCAGGUUCUUCUCAGAGGUGCACAGGGACAGGACAGGAGGCAAUGGAUUGGAACGUGGGAAAUUCUGACUCAAUGUAAAAAACUGAAAAGGCUCUGCCAAGAGGGUGGUGAAACAUUGUAAUGAGAGCACAGAAAGGCUGUGAGAUCUCCAUCCUUGAUGAUACUCAUAAUUCAACAAGAACAUCCUGCUCUGACUGGACCUGCAUGGAGAUUUCCAGACAGCCCUUCCUACCUGUGUGUUUCUGUGAAAUUUCUUGUCUGCUUUGAAGAGGAGUUUAUUUUCACAUAAUGUUGUUUUAAGUACUUGGCCCUCAUGGGAGGAGAACAGUCACAAGGAAAUGGUUUGCUAAAUAUACUUUUUCUGUUUUCCUGUCCUCUAUACCCAUACUGUACAGUGCCAUUAUGUGGCCUCUGUGCUUACUGCAGCAUUGCAGUCAGAUCUAUUUUGAGAUGUUGGUGUGUGGGUAGAGUGCUCCUUCAGCCAGGAGAAAAGGUCUGGAGGCAUUCCCUUCCUUUCUGGCUUUGCUUUCCACCAGUCUUGAUCACAGGACAGCCAGUCUAAGUGAGAUGCUGAAAACUGUUUUUUUGCUGGCUACCCUGAACGCAAUUAAGAGUUGGAAGCAGAGCUUGGCAUGUGACUUUGGGAGGUGGGGGCUGAGAGUUGCUGCACUAUUUGCCUGAUGGGUGUUUAUGUGUGUAGUGCUGUUUCACCCAAACACUAGCACUGAGUUUUACCUUGACCAUAAUGAUUGUUUUCUUUAAAGUAAACUUCAAAGUGACUGCACAUAAGAUUAUAAAGUCAUAGAUCAGAAGGGAAACUGGGCUGGUUGAUGGCACAGCUCUUGCUUUGGGAAGCUCUGUGGAUGAGCAUCUCAUGUAUGUCUGCUGGAUGCUCCAACCCCAUGGGAUUGUGGAGGGAAGGGGAAGUGACUGCCUGCAAGAGUGGCAGAUGCUGUUCCCCAUGUUUUCCAGCUGAGCUAGCUGCACAGGAGCAACAGUGCACCUGGCAGCUGGCUCCACAGCUGCUUCCAGGUCUUGGCAGUCCCUACAGGCCUGGGCAGAUACUACUAGAGCCUUAUUGCCCUUUUGGUAAAAAGGUUAAAAAAAAAGGAGUUAUUCAAAAAGCAAAACAAAAUCCUUUUAUGUAGCCAUGCUGCCUGGAGUUUAUAUUUUGAUAUGGAGGAAAGUCUUGUGGGAAAGAGAAUUUAAUUAGAAAAAAUACACGUUAUCACUGAGACAUCACGAGCUAUAUGCUGUACUCAGUGCUAUUCUCUAUGCAGCUAACAGUUGUGUGUGGAACGUGGCUCAUCACAGCAGGCCAGGAGCUUCUGAAAUCCUCUUUCUUCCUUGUUGUCCCAGUCUUGUCCAGCUAUUUAAACUCAUCUGAAAAUGUAACUUCAUUAGAGUCAAUUCAGAUGCACAUAAGCUGUACUGUCGAUUCUUUGCUGGCCAAAAUGGGUAAUACCCCUCUCACAAGCAUAACAUACCUGUAAUCACCACACAGAUACUGUUAUUUUGCUGUGUAGUGUGUCAUCCACAAGGCACUAAAGGCAAAGAGUUAAUUCUACCUAGGAAUCAGGUUUUUGCUUCCUUUAAUGUGGAGCCUUGCCACUGUUUAACAGUGCACUGCAGUGCAGGCUGGAGUGCAUCCUGGGCAGCUUUAAGGUGCUGUUGCUCCCCAUGUUGAGAAGGGUGUUGCACACACUGUGCACUCAGCACUGACUUUGGCCUAGCACUAUUCUGCAAGAUCGGUUCAAUCCUGCCUCUCACACACAAUCAUUACCUUUACAGACCCAGUGUCAGAAGCAUCUCAGCAUUUUCUGGAAAUUUCCUGCAGCACCCCUGGGCCACACCUAUGCCCUGGAUGAAGCGGCAGCAUUUAUGUAAGAUCUGGAUCUGAUACUAGAUGAGAACAAAGGUCCAUGGUGCCCAGUGUCGGCUUUCUGAUAGCAGAUGCUUAUGUGAGAGUAAGGAAAGAACAGGUAAAACACAACUACCCUUUGUACUCUUCCAGUCAGUAAUGUCAGUUUGGGGGCUUUUCUGACCUCGGAGAGUGGUUUCUGUAAGCCUCAGUGGACUUUUCCUCUGUGUAUUUUUCUUCUGUAGUUUCUUUUUUAUCUAAUACGACAAAGUUAACAAGACAAAACAGGGCAGGAUCUGGUUAGAAAGUUUUGUUGCUAAACUCCUGUAGACUGGUGAUUUGUCUCUUUUCACUCCUGUUCUGCAGGUUCCAGGCUUGCGUAGGAGGUUCUUACACUGUUCAUUGCACUACAAAUUCAAAUAUACCGUGUCCAAACCUCCCUAGGGCAGCCAGUUUGUAACAGUCUAGUGUGGAGUUUCUAGUUUAAACAUACCCACUGCUGAUUUUCUCCAGCCUCCAGUUUUGAUAUCUAAGCAGAGGACAGUGAUGGAUGAUGAAAUGCUGGUGCUCUAGAAACUUUUACGUAUGUUCAAUAACAGCAGAAAAUAGGCCAAGUGCACUCAACGAUGUGUGAAUGAAAGGCUUGAAUUAGCAAUAAAGGAAGGGGGAGGGGUGAUACAACUGGGAAUUUUCUAAGUAUGUCAGUGGAUUUUUUUUACAGUAUGUGCUGUUGCUAUAGCCACUACUUGUCUGAGGAGUUCCUUUGCAUUUCUCUGAAGAUAUACCACAAGAAGAGCAUUAAAAGUAUUGCUGUAAAAAA